AUGCAUUCGCCGGCCAAAUCGCCCAUUUUGGAUGUUACCGAAACGCUCUCGAUCUCGAAUAGUGAUCUGGAAUUGUCUGUGGAAGUGGAGAGCACCAAUAAUAAUAAUGAUAAAGUUUAUGCUUUUAAUGCAUCGCCAUCGACAAUACGACUUCCUGGCCUAAGUUUUCCCACUCUAUUGUCAGCCAAGACAAGCUCCACAUUACCCGCCUUUGAGUAUAUAGCUCCAACAUCGAAUCAUUCUAUGCCAUCAUUGGAUUUUCCUCUCAUCGAAUUGAAUCGCAUGGGUGUUGGAAUGUUUCCGGGUUUUAUGCAUCGACGUGUACGGGGUGAGAAGCGUCCCAUACCCGAUGCCCAGAAGGAUGAGAAGUAUUAUGAGCGACGUAAACGUAAUAAUGAGGCGGCCAAAAAGUCUCGGGAUGCUCGUAAAAUUCGUGAAGAUCGUAUAGCAUUUCGUGCUGCACUCCUGGAGCAGGAGAAUUCCAUUCUGAGAGCACAAAUUUUGGCGCUACGCGAUGAACUGCAAACAGUGAGACAAUUGCUGGGAGCCACCACAGCCGGCGGCAUGUUGGGCAUGGCCAGGCCGCUGUAA